GGCUAGUAUAUAAGACCCCUGGGGUCUGAUGCAUACAUGUCAGUCACAUCGGCUUGGCGUAGGCUUCUCUUCUUGACCAACAACAACCCCAAAAACUUGAGAGAUGGCACCCAAGAAAGCCAAGAGGAGGCAGCAGCAGGGUGAGGGUGGUUCCUCCAACGUGUUCUCCAUGUUUGAGCAGAGCCAGAUCCAGGAGUACAAGGAGGCUUUCACAAUCAUUGACCAGAACAGAGAUGGCAUCAUCAGCAAGGAUGACCUCAGGGAUGUGCUGGCCACCAUGGGCCAACUGAAUGUGAAGAAUGAGGAGCUGGAGGCCAUGGUGAAGGAGGCCAGCGGCCCCAUUAACUUCACCGUCUUCCUGACCAUGUUCGGCGAGAAGCUGAAGGGUGCUGACCCCGAGGACGUUAUUGUGAGCGCUUUCAAGGUCCUGGACCCCGAGGCCACUGGCUCCAUCAAGAAGGAAUUCCUUGAGGAGCUCCUGACCACCCAGUGCGACAGGUUCACCGCUGAGGAGAUGACCAACCUGUGGGCUGCUUUCCCCCCUGAUGUGGCUGGCAACGUGGACUACAAGAACAUCUGCUACGUCAUCACACACGGAGAGGAAAAGGAGGAGUAAAAUCCACCUCUCUCAAUAUCUACCUCCGUUCAAACCUGUGCUCGACCCACCAUCUACUCACUCCCCUCCUCUCCGACGACGUGGCUUCCUUGCACACUUACGUGCCCCCGCAGCCCACUCUUUCCACUUGCCAGCUCACUACGAAAAGACUUGUGUCCUUUAUCGAGAUACUCAGUGAGAGGACUGAAGGCUGUAGGGGUUGUUUGUGUGUGAGUACUAACAGGGGGACAUGGGAUUAUUUUCAAUAAAAAAUAAUCUUGUGGCACUGAAACACUCUCUCCAUCUCUGUCCCUGCCUCUUGUUCCUCCUUCUUUUCCCCCCAUCGCUCAUUCUGUCCUGUGUUGAGGCCAGCAGUGCGUGCAUCUGUACGGUCUGUUAGUCUCAACCUUACACAGAUUGUUUCAUGGAUUUGUCUCUUUGUUUGUAAUAGAGAGGAGUGAACACUAAAAUAGUGGGAGUACUGUACUAUAAUAGUUUGCUUACCCCCCCUCUUUUUAAUCUGUCUCUCCCUCUCUUAAACACAGGUAUGAAAGGAAAAGUUGCAGUGAAAAAAAAUAGAGAAGCAUGAUUUUCUUUAAAGAAGAUAAUCUUGUAAAUAGAGAAGGAGAUGGUGAAAGAUAGUGAGCGGGAGGCAGGAAAGAAGUUAACAAAAGUAAAACGUCUUUGUUUUUUACUCUUCUCCCUCCCUCUCACUGCUGUUUCUCUCCUGUUGUUGUGAUCGCUUCUGUAACAAAUAAAGAAGUACAAAUAAAAUCCACUAUCUUUCGUA